AUGCGCGAGGAGAUCAUGCAGGGCAUCAAAACAUUGUUGAGCUUGAGCUCGACGCUGCAGGAUAUCCCGCCCAGGGAGUUGCUAGUAGGCAUCCUCUACUUGAGCGCUGAGCAGCGGAAAACUUUGAGGGAUGCGCCCGAUGGAUUCCGGCGCGUGGCAGUGGAGACUGGCCGGCCGGUCUCUCAACAUCUGCUGGAUGCGCUGAUGGGCAUGGCAUUGAUAGGCACUUAUGCUCCGUACCAUGAGACAGCCUUUGAAGUUCAACGAUUUGCUCUGCAACAGAAUUGGCGCCUGGUGACGGAGCGCUUGGGAGACAGCAGGAAGCACCGUCCUGCCUGGGCGCUCUUCUUGAAAGACGGCACUGCGGCCGUGUCCAUCAGGGGCACCGACGUGGAACAGUCCCGUGGCGGCGACCUCUUCACCGACUUCGAUGCCAAUGCGGGUGGCCUCCCCACCUGCGCGACCGGCGCGGCAGCGCACCGCGGGGUGCUGAGCGCAGCGCAGGUGUUGGAGCGUGAGCUGCGGCCAACGCUGAAGGUCUUAGCGCAGGCGGGCUACCGCAUUGUCUUGACGGGUCACAGCCUUGGUGGAGCCGUGGCGGCGGUGCUGCUUUGGCUGCUGCGACGCUCGGCCGCGAGCCGCAAUUGGUUUGAUACGAGUUCGGGGCGGAGUUCGGGACUAGGGGCUCUUGGCAUCGCUACGAACGGAGCAAGGACGGUCCAACCGGUCAUCCCUCCGGUCCCCGGUGCCGAGGUCAACUCGAUGGAUGCCGUGCCCCGCUUGUCGCCCAGCGCGCUGGGGCGCCUGGCACGGGAGCUGCGGAGUUGCGCGGCCCAGAGCGGUGCUGACUUGGAUGAGGAUCUCAAUCACUAUGUGGAGCGGCUGAGUAGUGUUUGGGCACCACGAGUGAGGUACAUCCCAGGCAGAGCGGACUGGGAAGAGGAUGACAAAGGGGAUGCUGAUGGGAACGUGGUUUGGCUGCACCGGGCCCGUGGGCACCUGGAAGCCGCCCUGGUGCCCUGUACGGCUGCGCCACUGCGGCGGCUGCUCUUGGACAAGCGGAUGUUCGAGGACCAUUCUGCUCGCGCCAUCCACCAGGCCCUGCGCGCGGUGCAAGCGCGGCGGGACGCCACCGUUGAGCUUCCGCCGUGGCAGAAGUUCUCGGACGCGGGGGAGAAGUGCCCUUGCUGCGGGAGCCGUUAUGAGUGGAUGAACACUGCGCGCUCGGGAAAGAUGCGAUGUCAUGCCAUGACCAACUGCCGCUUGUGCGGCCUGGUGGUGUGUGUGGGGUGCGCUUCUUCACGACGCUCGAUCCCCGAACAGGGCCUCGACACCGGCCGCGUGUGCGAUCGCUGUGCCUGGCGCGGCCCGCCGCUGCCGGAGCUCGGGCCGCUCUUCGGAGCACUGGCCGAGGCGAGGCAAAGGAAGGGUGGAAUGGAGUGGAAGGAAGGAGGAUGCCCACUUUUGGGGAUUGCAAGGGUUGGGGGACUUGUAUGUUUUAGUCUAUGCGUAGAUGGCCCGAUGUGA